ACAGUUUUCAAUGAGUCUCCUGCUUUCCACCGGUAGACAUGUCGAAGAUUGGAAACCCUCUUUGUGCGGCUGUGUUGUUAGCUUUUGUCGUAAUGUCUUUAACACUUUUAGUGAACAACUGGCAUUCCAAAGCCCGUGACACAAAGUUCACCAAGGAAAAUCUUGAUGCGGACUUGGCUGUGCAGCGCAGCUUGUUAGUUUAUGAACUUAACGAAAGACGCAAAGAAAUUCUUCCGUUUCUAAUAUUAAACGAAGACGAGAUGGUUUGGGAAGAAUCUGGAUCGCGGGAUCCUUCAUCAACGUUUAAAAGAGUGAAUGGGAAUUCCGAGAAUGCAGCUGUUUCUGAAGGAUCUAUUCCAUAUAGCGGUGAGCUUGGCUGCAGUGAACUUGUGGAAAUGAGAGCGGUGGAGGUCCUGGGGUCUGGCUACACCAAGCUUGUUUUCAAGGUGCUUCUAUCCGAGGGCCAGCCUGUUGCACUGAAGUUUGUGAAUGACCAGGGGGCCGACAUGGGCAGAUGUCUCGAGGAAUUCAAAGACCCAGAGGGUUGUCACGAGCUCGUGUCCUUCAAACUGAAAAAAGAGAUAGUUUUGCUGCAAAAAUUGCAGCAUAGGAACAUAAUUAAGCUUCAAGGCCACUGUGAGGAGGAGGGUGGUGGAGGAGAAGGAGGAAGAAGGAUCACAGCAAUUCUAGAACAGGGUUCACCUCUCCAGAUGAUCCAGCUACUGCAGAGCCCUUGGGAGGAACGCUUCAGGGUGUGUCUGGGUCUGGCACGUCUGCUCCACUACCUGUCUGUCUCUCCGCUGGGUUCUGUGGUACUGCUGGACUUCCAACCACGCCAGUUUGUCCUGGUCUCUGGAGAGCUGAAGCUAACCGACCUGGAUGACGCUAGCGUGAGGGAGCCAGAGUGCCGGAGCGACCAGGACUGUGUGCUUCAGUUCCCCCUCAGGACCUUCAACCUGUCCUGCUCCCCCCAAGGCCUCUGUGAAGGCCACAACGAGAGAAGAAACCUCUACAACGCAUACAGGUAUUUCUUCACCUACCUGUUGCCUCACCAGGCUCCAUCUUCCCUCACACACCUGGUGGAACGCAUCAUGAACUCCACAGGAGAGCUACAAGCUGGUAUUAACAAGACUCUGGAAGCCUUUGAAGAAGUUCUCCAACUCUACCAGUCUGGGCCACACCUUGAUAACCUGCCUCCUGCCUUACUUAGAGAUUAUAGUGUGAUGCGGGGCGUGAGGACGUCAGGAGAUGUGGGCUACAGGUGCUGGGGCUCGUACAGUCACCAGGGCUGUCUGUUGUCCGUCCAGAGCUCCAGAGAGGCCGCCCUGCUCUGCUCCUCCCAGGCACAUUGCACCAGCUUCAGCCUCAGCCAGCAGAAGACCUGGACAGGGCGCCUGCUGGCCUCCUUCAGGACUGGGUUCAGCCAUCUAGUUCCAGAUGAAACCUCAGAGGUCUACCUGAGGAAGAGCAAGACCUCAGGAGCUACGGUGUAGGGAGAGGGACAAACAGCUGGCCGCGGUCAACUGCAGAACGCAAUGUAGUGGUCCACACCUUGAUCUACAGUACUAUGAAGAAUCGACAACGGACAUGUUGUGUUGUCAGAUGAGUGAAAUGUGGAGUCAUGACUGGUCUUGGUGUGUUGUUCCUGGCGGUGGUGCUUAGCAUGGAAGAGCUCCUGGAGGGCUAUCAAGGGCCUGCAGCUGAGAGGGGAGAUGUUUGAACUGAGGUGAAUGGCAUAUAUUUAUAAGGCUUCUGCUCAGGGAGCGUUUGAUCUGACUGCCAGGACUGCUGGCCCUCCCAAAGCUAUUUAGAGGGAUUUCCCUUCUGGUAUAAUUAUGAAAGAAAAAAAAAGAAAAAUGCAGUUUCCCCAUUUUGUCUUUAUUUGCCUAGUGUGUUGUGGAGGCCAGAGCCACAACAGUAAGACUUGUCUGAUUGAAGCCUGGGGACAGAAAGACAACAAGCUCUUAUACAAAUAAACUUUGAUGUAGAUGCAGCACAAAACUUGUAGAAGGUCUAUAUGCUUUGAGGAAUGUCAUCAGCCCUAUCACAGCACAGCUGUGCCCUUAGAUGUCAGUAACCAGAUCAUUCCAAUUCCAGUUCAAGUUAAUGUUGAAAUUUGUAAAAUGUAGAAGAAGAUAUUUACAUAUUGUUUGGUUAUUUACACCUUGUGGGUGUUAGACUGUAAAUUCCUUAUUUUUCAAUGAAAAAAUAUAUAUUUUAAUGAACAUUCAUUCCAACCUUUUUGUUCUUGUUUUACUAUUUGGUUCAUAAUAUAAAUACAUUG